AUGGCGUUGGUGACUCUGCAGCGGUCGCCGACGCCGAGCGCCGCGUCCACCGCCAGCACAGCGACCACGGCCGCCGGAGAGGAUUUUGGGAGUGAAGAUGAGCGGCGCAUAAAUCAGAGCUUGAGCGAGAGCUUCUUCAUGGUGAAGGGCGCCGCUCUCUUCUUGCAGCAGGGCAGCAGUCAGCAGGGCCAAAAAGCACAUCCUCAUCACAAACAUGCAGGUGACUUACCUCAACACCUGCAGGUGAUGAUAAACAUUCUCCGCUCAGAGGACAGAAUCAAACUGGCGGUGCGGCUGGAGAGCGGCUGGUCAGAUCGUGUGCGCUACAUGGUGGUGGUGUACACCAGCGGGCGACAGGACACAGAGGAGAACAUCCUCUUAGGCAUCGACUUUACCAGCAAAGACUGUAAAAGCUGUUCAGUGGGCAUGGUGCUACCUCUGUGGAGCGACACAAAGAUCCAUCUGGAUGGAGACGGGGGCUUUACUGUGAACACGGCAGGUCGGACUCACGUCUUCAAACCCGUGUCGGUGCAGGCCAUGUGGUCGGCCUUGCAGGUGCUGCACAAGGCGUGUGAGGUGUCACGCAGGUUUAAUUACUUCCCUGGAGGCAUGGCUCUCACCUGGCUGGGCUACUACGAGAGCUGCAUUGCUUCGGACCAGAGCUGCAUUAAUGAGUGGAACGCAAUGAAGGACCUGGAGACCACACGACCAGACUCGCCCACCAUGUUUGUGGACAAGCCUUCGGAACGAGAGAGGACAGAGUGCCUUAUUAAAAACAAGCUCAGAAGCAUCAUGACAUGCCAAGAUCUGGAGAACGUCACCUGCAAACAGAUCCGCACAGAGUUGGAGCAGCACAUGAACUGCAACCUGAAAGAGUACAAGGAGUUUAUUGACAAUGAGAUGCUGCUGAUCCUUGGCCAGAUGGACAAAGCUACCCUAAUCUUUGACCACGUUUACCUGGGAUCUGAGUGGAAUGCAUCUAAUUUGGAGGAGCUGCAAGAGACGGGGGUGGGCUACAUCCUCAACGUUACCAGGGAGAUAGACAACUUCUUUCCAGGGACGUUCAGCUAUCACAACAUACGCGUCUACGACGAAGAGGCCACUGACCUGCUGGCUCACUGGAACGACACCUACAACUUUAUCGUGAAGGCAAAAAAGAAUCACUCAAAGUGUCUCGUUCACUGUAAGAUGGGCGUCAGUCGGUCGGCCUCCACCGUCAUCGCUUAUGCCAUGAAGGAGUACGGCUGGUCGCUGGAGAAAGCUUACAACUUUGUGAAGCAGAAGAGGAAUAUCACGCGACCCAACCCGAGUUUCAUGAGACAGCUGGCGGAGUACGAGGGCAUUUUAGACGCCAGCAAACAGCGUCACAACAAGCUUUGGCAUCCCGACACAGACUGUGAGAUGGCAGAGGGUCAGCAGGGUUUGGCUCAGUGCUGGGGGGGGGGGGAGGGAGGGCACCUGACUCCAGCACCAGGAAUGUCUCCCUGCUGUGAGGAGGCGCUGUCUGAUAAAGGCGCUGCGUGCCCUUCCCCAUUACGGACCGUUGCGCUGGAGAUCGACCCGGCCUACAACAAUUACUAUUUUCGCCGCCUCUCUGACUCUGCACUAGACAGCGAACCAUCCACCCCCGUGCGCGGCCCUCCCCUUCUCGGCAUGGAGAAGGUUUUUAUAGAAAUCGAGGACGUGGAACGAGAUGCCCUGCUGGAUGACGAGGCGUUCGACGGGCAGGAGGCCUUGCCCCUGCCCCACUUUGGGCCCUCGGCAGAGGGCACCGCUGCCCAAACGUGCAGCCGAGGGCCGGAGCCACUGGAAGAGCUGCGCCUGAGACUGGAGUUCAGCACGGUGGAGGAGGAGGAUGAGGAGGACGUCCAAAAGGAAGAGGCAGAGAUGGAGGUUCUAAUGCUGCCGGACGACGGAGGGGGGGGUGAAGGAGGGCAUGGGGAAACGCAGGACGGUGAGGCGGAGGGGGACGCGGAGGGUAUCGGGAUGGAUCUGGCAACGCUUAAUGAAAACUCCAACAACAACAACAAUGUGGGCAUUCUCCAUAAACGCAAUGAAAAUUCACCCUCCGACCUUGUUCCAAGCGAUGCUUCUAUGCUGUCCAGGUGGGAUCAAACUAAAUCCCUCCUGAAAGAAGAUUCUUCUGCGUCCACUCCUAAAUUUUGCCUUAACCCCAGUCCUCCCUCCAAAGUCCCAAGUGCUUCGUUUGCUCAGUCCCACUCCUCAUCCGAGGGCCUCCUCCCAUCAGUGGGGCCGCUGUGCCCCCAUGGCCCUCUGUGUGACUGUGCCAGUUGUUCUGCUUCCCGACCCGCCGUUCCCCCGGAGCAGGAGGGGCCGUCCGGUGAGCCACAGCAGUCCGCGAAGCUCCACGACCAGGAUGAACACAAUGACGCUCGGUCAGAAACUCCUGUGGACGCUCUUCCUGAGCUGAUGAAAUUAGAUCUGGAGGACGCGACGCCUGUAGUCGCCUGUUGCCCCGGGCAACAGCAGGAGACCCUCUCACAGCUGCGGCGGUCCGGGCUGGUCCGCCGGCGCGCAGAGAGACUGGAGAAGCUUUCGGGCUCGUCCCAGGAGAGCCUGCACUCUCUGAAGCCUUUGCACGCAUGCCAAACGUCCAGGAAAAGUUUGUCUCACGGCGAGGAGGAGGAGGAGGAGGAGGAAGAGGAGGAGGAGGAGGACCUCUCCCACUUCACAGGUGACCUCACUAAAUCUUCGACGCCAUGCCAAGUGCGGUUGGAGCCACUGGUGGUGCCGCUGACCAACGAAGCCUUGUUGGGGGUGGCGGGGUCCGGGCUGCUGACGCCCACCUCUUCCCCUCACGGCUCCACCCUGACGCGCAGCUCCAGCAGCGACAGCCUGCGCAGCGUGCGGGGGAAGCCCGGCCUGGUGCGCCAGCGGGCGCAGGAGAUCGAGACCCGCAUGCGGCUGGCCGGCCUCACCGUGCCGUCGCGCUUCAAGAGGUCCAACUCGCUGGCCAAGUUGGGCAGCCUCACCUUCUCCUCCGAGGACCUGUGCUCGGCCUGCUCCUCGGACGCGGGGACCCUGCUGCUGCUCUCGCUGUCCCCAGAGCCGGAGGGGGGGCUGGAGUGGGACCCCCCCGCCGUCUCCCCCGCGUCCCAGCCCCACAAAAACCCGCACACUCCCGAGAGAGCGCUUCCAUGUGAGCCCACAAGCUGA